GUGGCGGCAGUCACCAUGGCGCUGACGAGCUCCUUGGGUUCGAUGCCGGUUCCCCGGGCGGAGCUGAAGCUGGUGCGGCUGCUGAGCCGGUGCGAAGUGCUGGCGGCUGACAGGCGGAGUGCGGGCGAGUGGCGACUGGAGAAGUAUGUGGCUGCCCUGGAAGAGAUGCUCCUAGAGCUGAAGAAACACUCCAGCAAGCCAGCCCCUGAGGUGCUGAACGAAUAUUCUCGUAAGGUGGAUUUCUUGAAAGGAAUGCUGGAAACAGAGAAGCUGUCAUCUUCAUCUGAAAAGGCACUGGCCAAUCAAUUCCUGGCCCCCGGGCGAAUCCCCACCACGACCAAGGAACGGGUUCCGGCCACGCAGACAGUGCAUUUGCAGACCAAAGCCCGCUACGCUGGUGAAAUGAGAAGCGAGCUGCUUGGUACAGACUUCUCGUGCAUUACGGGUUUGGAAGAGACAAGCUUGAGGAAGCGCGCGGGCUUCCUCCCGGAUGAGAAGCAGUCGGCCGCUGACCUGGACGCGGUCCUGCAGCACCACCACAGUAUCCAGGAGAAGCUGGCGGAGGAGAUGCUGCACCUUGCGCGCAACCUCAAGAACAACACCCUGGUGGCUCAGAACGUGAUUAAGCAAGACAACCAGACAUUGUCUCAUUCGCUCAAGCUGGCUGAUCAGAACUUUGAGAAGCUGAAAGACGAAUCGGACCGCCUGGAGCAGCACGCCAAGAAAUCGGUCAACUGGCUUCUCUGGCUCAUGCUGAUUGUUGUUUGCUUCAUUUUCAUCAGCAUGAUUUUGUUUAUCCGGAUCUUCCCAAAGCUGAGAUGACUUCUUGCCUGGCAGUGCAGGCGGCUUGGUGUGCUUUACUCCUUUCCCUUGCAAAGCCCGAGCCCCUGGACAUUCGGAGGAAGGCGGUUUCAUUCCAGACAGGCUCAAAGGACAGAGAAGAACUUUGGUUGCGCAUUCUAGUUUUGGGUGCCGCCUGCUUCCAGGGGGGCGGUGCUGGUGGGGGUCCUGCCCCCCACCCCCGAAUGGGAAGGCACUGUGACAGCUGGGAUGGUGGAACACUUCUCUGUACCACAGUUGUUAUCUCAUAGAAAAGUAGCUCCUCAGUCUAGGCUGGGGUUGUUCCCCUUGGCAUUGUAGUUUUCUGUACGAAAGGAACGUCUCUGCCUGCAGCCUGAAGUGGUACAGCCUCAGCACAGGGGAGGGCAUGGCAUUUGCUGCUCGUACGAAUAAGGCCUGUCCGGGGGACAGAUCAAGGCGGGGGAAGCGUUGUAUAAGAACAUUUAAAGAACAGUAGGAUAUGUACAAAACAAAUAUCCUGCAGUGUAUGUAAUGAAAUGUCCCUAAAGAAUCCUAACAUGAAGAAA